AUGCCGGGCUUGUCCAAGGUGUUGAUGAACGGGGGAAGCAGCAUCAACAUCGUCUACAUGGACACCCUGGAAACCAUGGGAAUCCCGCGAGCCUGCUUGCGGGAAUCCCUCUUCCCCUUUUACGGCAUCCUGCCGGGCAUGAAGGCAUACCCGAUCGAUAACAUCGACUUGCCGGUCACGUUUGGCAGCAAAUCCAACUUCCGCACCGAGACCCUCACGUUCGAGGUGGUGGACUGGAAGGGGGGAUACCAUGCCAUUCUCGGGCGCCCCGCCUAUGCCAAGUUCAUGGCCUACGUCAGCAGCCGCGAGUACUUUGACCUCGUCACCACUGCGGCGAACUCAGCCGAGCUCGGCCAACUUCGCGCCACCACUCCCGAGUGCCAUCCUGACCCUAGCAAGGCUAGCCAGGCACCGGCCUUCGUCUCAACCGAUGAGACCAAGCCGGUCUCGGUCGACGACGCUGAUCCAACGAAGACGGUGUGA